UUUGUUUGGGCAUAAUUGAUUUUUUUUCUAGUUUCAAUUCUUUUCUUCUGUCCUGGCCUUGAUAACUUCAGCUCAAUGUUGUUGGCUUGUAGCAUUCUGUGCUUUUUACGCGUCCACGCAGCUCCCACACCAGCCACACCACCUAACGCUUUAAAUUGUACUACUACAUUUUUCAGCCUCUACUUCUUCUCAACUUUCUCUUUCUCAAACGCUAUCCAGAUGUCUACUAGAGAUGGUAACAAACCUAGUCAAAGUAAAGGAAUCAACAAUUCGAAUGGUUCCGUUACAAGAAACCAUCACAACAUGGCUGACAGGAGCAGAGGAGUUGUGAGGAGUUGCGGGUUCAUGGUGUGCAGAAGGUCAGAUUUCUUCCCAGUGAGAAUUCUCAAGCAUCUUGGUGGUAAGGUAGCAGAAGGUGUGCGUUUGGUGUCUCUGAAAAUAAGGCCUUCUCCUAAGGUUUCUUCAACAUCAGGAAGAUCAAAGCCAUUUGUAACCCCUGUUGAUACUCAUAGAACUGAAGCCAUUGAAGACUGCAUAGAGUUCAUCAACUCUUCUUCAUCUUUGCCAAGAUCGAAUUCUCGUUCUGCCAAUCCUCACUGAAUCUUAUCACAUGAUCACAUCAAUGGUAAUAUCGCAAUCCUGAACACAUUAGUUUCAGAAACUAUUCUCCUACUUUUUACUUGCAAUGUCAUCUGUUCCUUAGUAGGUGUAUCAAGUAUGAAAGUACAAUAUCAAAUGUAUCUGGUUUUGCCUAUGAAUGUUGGUUCUUGUGGUUGAAAUUUGCUGAUGAUGACAAAAAUGAUUGAAGCAUCAAAUACAAUAAGAUCCCAACAAAGCAGAAAGGACAUGAGAACUGAGGAAAUGAAAACAUCACAUCCGCCUUAUUCAUUUCCUAGAUUCGAUGCUUAAUCUAUUUUUCCUACCACUUUUUAUUGUAUUCUACACCACCUGUCCAAUACUAGAUUCCUGAGACAGAACAAACAGAAUAGAACAGAACAAACACAGCAGUUUCUGCUGAUUACUUCCUGUUUCUUUUUGUAGAAGUUCUGUUGGAGCACUUGAAUGAUUAAUCUAUGUAAAAUAAAUAAAUAAAUAAUUU